UAUAUUGUAAGAAUUUAUUUUAGACUGAGGGAAAAAAAAUGGUAGAUAAAUUAAUCUCAUACAGUAACCAGAUCUCCAUCGCUGAUCCCCAAUCCCAUGGCUUGGCGCCUCUUCUUCCGCAAGCCCCUGUUAAACCCUAACACCCCUAAACCCCUUUCUUUUUCCACCUCCUUCCUCAUCACCAAGAUCCCCAAGAAGCACAGGCCCAAGCGUCCCAAGCCCGAGUCCCCACGCACCCGACCCGUACAACCAGACUCCACUCGGAUCCCCUACUUCGAGUCCCUCCUCCAGCGCGAUGCGGCCUUCCGAUCCGUCACCAAAUCCAAAGAAUUUCUAUCCAAGCAGCCCGAGCAAGUCCUCCGUCUCGACGACGCCGGUAAGCUCUAUCGCGAGCUUGGAUUUCCCCGCGGUCGGAAGGUCUCCCGGUUCAUCGCCAACCAUCCCUUGGUCUUCACCACUUACCGCCACUCUGAUGGAAAAAUGUGGGUCGGAUUCACUGAUUUCAUGGAGGAGUUGUUACAAGAAGAGAGGUCGAUUAUGGAUGCCAUGGAAGCGGAUAGGGUCACCAAAGUCCGUAAAUUGCUGAUGAUGGCCAAAGACAAGCGGAUUCCGUUGAGCAAGAUUUAUCAUACGAGGUUAUUAUUUGGGAUUCCUGAGAAUUUCAGGGACCGAGUAGAGAAAUAUCCCGAUUAUUUUCGAAUUGUGUUAGAGAAUGAUGGGAAGAGAGUGCUUGAGUUAGUGAAUUGGGACUCUAAUUUGGCAGUGAGUGAGCUGGAGAGGGAAUUCAUGGUGGAUGAGGAUAAGGUGAAGAAGGCAUUCAAGUUCCCUGUGAAGUAUGGGAAAGAUUUGGGAUUGGAAGAGGGUGAUAUGAGAAAGCUUAACUUGUUGAACACAUUGCCAUUGGUUUCGCCAUAUUCAGAUGGGUGGAAGUUGGAUUUAUGGAGUUUCGAAGCAGAGAAGUACAGAGUUGGGGUUAUACAUGAGUUCUUGAGCUUGACAUUGGAGAAGAGAGCGUCGAUACAUCAUAUUGUGGAGUUCAAAGAGGAGUUUAGCUUGACCAGGCAGACUUACCAGAUGCUUAAGAAGCAGCCCAAGACGUUUUAUUUGGCUGGUACAGAGAUGAAUUGGGCAGUUUUCUUGAAGGACGGACGUGAUGAGAAAGGGGAUUUGAUUAGCAAGGAUCCACAAGUUGUUUUUAAUGAAAAGCUGUAUAAGUAUGCUCAAAUGAAAGGAGGGGAAUUUAGUUCUUUGGGAGUGAAGAAAUGAGUGAGAUUGGCAUCAUUUUCAGUCUUAUGAUGCGGAGAAAGUUGCUGAUGGGAGUCACAACUGAAUAAAAGGGUCCAAAAUGUGCUUUCAGUGCUUAGGUUUAAGGCAAACAUGCAUUCUAGGUACCAAAUUUUGGUUAAGCCAUACUGUUUUUUGUGCUAUCAAUUUGAAAUUUUUGUGCAGAAAUAGUGUUUUAGAUAAAGCAUUGAACAUGUCUCAUUUCUUAUUCAUGGAUGAAAGAAUUCAAAUUUGAUCAUGCGACAUGAAAAUCUUCCAUGGUUGGUAGACUUUCCAUUUAAAAUUUGAGCUCAAAUUCAUGUAGACCUGUAUGUCAAAAUAAAACCCUUUUUCAUUC